AUGUUCGAGUUGGUGGCUUUAUUUUGUCUCUCGAGCAGGAUAGAAUAUCACACGCCAUGGGCUUUGUAGGAGAAGACUCCUAGAGAGUGGAAACGAAGAAAGAGAUAGUAGGCGGAUGGAGGAGAGAGAGAAAAGAACAAACUAAAGCCACCCCUGGCAAAAGAGAGAGAAAGCUAGAAAGAAGGCUCCCCUAUCAAACACAAGACGGUAGUGAUCAAGGCCAGGCUGCAGCUACCGGGCAUCCAGCAGCCACACCACCAACACCAUCUGCACCACAAGGCCAGGCCGCGCGCCCCUGGUCCUCGUUCUACGCGCCCCGGCCGGCCGCGAACCCUAUUCCUUGUUCUUGAAUCUCUCAUCCCCAAUCAAUCCUACACACCAGCUGAGAGGAGAGAGAAUUAAUUCGGGAGAUCUAGAGAGAGAAGGGCCAGGAGGAGCGCGUGGGAGAGGGGGAGAAUAGAAUGUUCCCUUCCAAGAAGGCCACUAGCGCAGCCGCUGCCGUGAGCUCAAAUGAUAGGCCGAUGUGCGUGCAGGGAGACUCGGGGCUCGUCCUCACCACCGACCCCAAGCCCCGCCUCCGGUGGACGGUCGAGCUCCAUGAGCGCUUCGUCGACGCCGUCACGCAGCUCGGCGGCCCGGACAAGGCGACUCCAAAGACUAUCAUGAGGGUCAUGGGAGUGAAGGGGCUUACUCUCUACCACCUCAAGAGCCACCUCCAGAAAUUUAGGUUAGGGAAGCAGCCGCACAAGGAGUUCAACGAUCACUCAGUUAAGGAUGCUGCGGCGAUGGAGAUGCAACGAAACGCAGCUUCUUCUUCGGGCAUAAUGGGAAGAAGCAUGAAUGACCGCAGCGUGCACAUGAAUGAGGCUAUCAGAAUGCAAAUGGAAGUCCAGAGAAGGCUACAUGAGCAGCUAGAGGUGCAAAAGCACCUCCAGAUGAGGAUUGAAGCCCAGGGGAAGUACAUGCAGUCCAUCCUGGAGAAAGCCUACCAGACCCUCGCCUCCGGCGACGUCGCGGCGUGCCCGGCCGGGUACAAAUCCCUAAGCAACCAGGCAAUCCUCGACGUCUGCUCCCUCAAGGAUAUGGGCCCUUCCAUGGGCUUCGCUUCCCUGCAAGACCUGCACAUGUACGGCGGAGGCCACCUGGACCUGCAGCAGCAGAUGGAGCGGCCAAUGGAGGCCUUCUUCGCCAAUUGCGAAAUCGGCUCGCUGGGGAAGAAGAGGCUCAACCCUUACGCCGCCGGGAAGAGCCCGAUGAUGAUGUGGGGCGACGACGAGCAGGGCAGGGGCAUCGACCAGCUCCAGAUGGCGCCGCCGAUGAUGGACGCCGCCGGCAUCAACGUCAUGGACUCCAUCGCCGACGUGUACGGCGAGGCGAAGCCCAUGCUGUCCGGCGACUCCACGGGGAGCAAGGGCUGCUUCGACGGCAAGCUUGAGAGGCCAUCGCCGCGGCGGCCGCACAUGGGAAAUGAGAGGAUGGGCAGCCCGUCGGUGAUCGGAGGCCAGACGAGGAACAUGUCCUACGGGUAACUAGCUCACUGAUUAACCAGCAGUCCUUAUUAUUAACUUGCGGUGAAAUUAAAUUAAAAGCAGGCGAUUAUUAUUAACUGGUGCAUGGCUACAAAUAAGUAUAGCUGGAUCAGAAUGGGAUACGGUGGAGAUACAUAUAUAGCAUAUAUGUGUCAUUGAUCAGGAUGAUCUUAUUGUUGUGCAUCACCUGUUGGAUGAUGCUCCAAGAUUAUCUAUUUUGAAGAGAUGUACCCAAGUUCUAUGUAAUUGCUGUAUGUGUUGCUGAGAUGGUUGUAAAUGAAUGUGUAACUUAAUUAUUAAUUGGUAAUUUUGCAUGCUGAGGAAAAACAAGCUUUCAUUGAUCUGAGGCAUGUACAUUGUAUCGAAGAAAAUGUCAACGGAACUUUCUGAUAACUUGUAUUGUA